CUCAGCGGCCCACGCUGCGCCAUGCUGCCCCUCCGAAGCGUCCUGGCCCGGGCUCUGACCUCGCGAACGCUCGCGCUUCAGGUGUGCUCAUCUUUUGCUACAGGCCCCAGACAAAAUGAUGGAACAUUCUAUGAGUUUCAUACCUAUUCACUUAAACCCUCGAAGAUGAAUGAGUUCCUGGAAAACAUCAAGAAAAACAUGCAUCUUCGGACAGCUCACUCUGAAUUGGUUGGAUGUUGGAGUGUAGAAUUUGGAGGCAGAAUGAAUAAAGUGUUUCACAUUUGGAAGUAUGAGAAUUUUGCUCAUCGAACUGCAGUUCAGAAAGCCUUGGCUAAAGAUAAGGAAUGGCAAGAACAAUUCCUCAUUCCAAAUUUGGCUCUCAUUGAUAAGCAAGAGAGUGAGAUUACUUACCUGGUGCCAUGGUGCAAAUUAGAAAAGCCUCCAAAAGAGGGAGUCUAUGAAUUGGCUUCUUUUCAGAUGAAACCUGGCGGCCCAGCUCUGUGGGGUGAUGCAUUUAAAAGGGCAGUUCAUGCCCAUGUAAAUCUAGGCUAUACAAAACUAGUUGGUGUUUUCCAUGCAGAAUAUGGAGCACUCAACACAGUUCAUGUUCUUUGGUGGAAUGAAAGUGCAGACAGUCGUGCAGCUGGGAGGCACCAUUCCCAUGAGGAUCCCAGAGUCGUGGCAGCUGUUCGGGAAAGUGUCAACUACCUAGUGUCUCAGCAGAAUAUGCUUCUGACUCCUGCAUCAUUUUCACCAUUGAAAUAGUGUUCUACUGAAACACAAAAGAUUUCAUUAAUUGGUAUAAAAUAUGUCUGCUAAUGGUGUUUAAGUUCUCCCAAGAGAAUUAUUCUCACUUUUAUUUUAAGGAGGUGAUAAAUUAAUUUACUAUGUCCCUUACAUUUUAUAAAGCUCUCACCACCACUUUAGGAAGUAAAGAGUUCAUUUUUCCCAUGGCAUUUCAAUAUCUGUCACAUAUUAAAAAUAUCUACCAUUUGGAAAAUAAUGUUAUUUGGUCCUGAGAUUAAAAAUCUUUGAAGACUUUUUGGUUUACAUACUGAAAUGCCUUCAUUUAUAAUUAAUUGUACUAAUAUUUACUUCAUUUUGCAUUCUACUUAACAAAGAUACUUGCCACUAUUUCAAGAUCUUGAUUUUUCAUUCAUUUCAGAGGAUGUCUUCUGUACGUUGACAAACCUUUAUUCAAAUACUAAUGUUAUAUUUCCAUGCUUGAAACAAUAGUUUUAAAUUAUUAAUAUACAUUGUCAAACUUUUAAUCGUGUCUGUUUUCCUGAUUUUCCUAAUUUUUGUCAAGUAAAGUUUAUUUUAUAAUAUCAAAUGGUAUUCAUGAGAAUAUUAAACAUAUUUAUUUGUCAUGGAAAAGUACAUUAUCAUUUGUGUCAUCUGUGUUAAUUAUGGUCACACAUUAGCUCUAUUGUCACUGAAUUGGAAAAUAAAAUUAUUAGGUCCUAGUAUUUAAAGUCUUUGAAGACUCUUUGGUUUGUAUGCUGAAAUGUCUUCAUUUAUAAUUAAUUUUACAAAUAUUUACUUUAUUUUGGAUCCUACUUAACAUAAGAUGCUUGAGAUAUCUUUGUUUGAAUGUGAUCUUCAUGGAUAUGGAAAUGUUUGACCUAAUAAAAGCCUACCUGUAUAUUCUGA